AUGGAGUCGCGGUUACGAAAGCUCCUCUCGCCUCGAAGGCACAAAGGACAACGGCGGAAUAAUGCUGAUCCCGAGCUGGAUUUGCAUAGCGUCCCGUACACGACAGCUCCACCACAGGGUCGACUCUCUCUCUUUAGCAAAUCCGGGGGUAUUACAGCAAAGGAAACCAAAAUCAAUCAACCUCCAGAUCGUCUCCGGUCUUUCUCCUAUGAAGAGGCUGCUCCAGGAAAACCGCCAGAGCUCGGAAACCGGCCUCAUCGAGGUAAUGGCCCUGUCAAGCUCCAGGCAAGUCGGCGCCUGAGCUCUGGAGAGCUCCUCGUCACCGAGCAGGACUACGAUCGCACACUGGAAGACAUCAAACAGGGCGAGUAUAUUGUUGGCGGCAAGGAACGAAGGACUUCCCACACCUCGUCACAACCAAAAUCGCCUACUGAGCCUCACAAUUUCAGGUUCAUUGCGACUGCUCCAACCUCCCCCCGAGACCAAAUCUUCUUUUCAAGUCCCAUCUCUCAGCCUCCGUCCGUACUCAGUGAUAUACCACCACCUACAUCCUCCAGCUGGGCUUCAGGAACCUUUACUUACCAACACCGAUCACAUUCUGCCCAGGACUAUCAUUCUCAUGACCCAAACCUCGGGUCGAACAGUCUCGGGCUCGGAAUUUCCAGCCCUAUACAGCCAUUCGCUUCACCAUAUAUGGCAUCGACCACGUCCCUCCUCGAGCCCCACGAGGAACAGAACCCAACGAUUCAGGCGCUUUGGAAGGCGGAGUAUAGUCGGCUCGUCUCCAUCUACGGACAAAACGGCGUGGAUCGGACCAUUGGAGAGCUCAACAGAGACCGAGCGGAGGCACCUAGGCCACCUCCUCUGCUUUCCACUCGCGACAACCUUUACGCGGCGUCGUCGUUAUCACUGAAUCAGAUCAGCCAGCGGCCACCAGAUUCAGUAAGACGGGGCCUUGGGAUCAAGGCAUCCGGAUCGACGCCCAACCUCGAUCUCGCCUAUCUGGACGAACACUCAGACCACUCAUCUCACACCAGGUAUUCACACCUUUCUUCGAGCGGUGCAUCGUCUUCUUUUACGGCACGGACUAGCAUGGCCGAAGAUCCCAACACCAGCAGAGAUGAAAUUCGAAAGAUUGUUGAUGAGAUGCGCACAACAUAUCUCCAUGCUAUCGAAGCUCACACUCCUCCUCUCCGAUCAUUGCCUGAUGCGCCAGUCAAGAAGCCUCGAUCCAAGAAGCAGACGCCCUCCCUCAUGUCGUAUGCUUCGGUGGAUGGCAGUCUAAGAUCAGCAAGUCGUCAGUCGACUACCCGCACCAAAUCGUGGCAGUCAUCGACGACUCUUAUGACCACUCCGCGGACGUCAGUGUCGUCGCCUAUGAUCAGAUCGAAACGGACAAGCUCCGCGACGAGUCGACGGACAUCCGGCCCUGCCGUAGCCGGCAUCGCUACACUACCCGCCAUCCAAGCAAGCCCGGCUAAAUCCGCCAAAUCGAACAAGGGCGAGACGAGCAAGAAGAACGACGAUGUCGGCUUGAAACGCGCCGAUUCGACCACAUUGGGUGUCAUGGCUCGAAAGCUCACGAUUCUUGACGAUUGCCAUUCGAGUGCCUCGUCCCAGCCCACUGUUGAAUCGUCCUGCACAUUUUACAACUCUUCAAGAUCGGAUUCGGAUUCGGCUUCGGAAAAGAGUCUCCCACCCCUGUCGCCCCCACUCUCGCCCGCCAAACCAUCGUCAGUACAACACACCCCCGAAAAACACAAGCCAGCCAUGCGCCAAGUGUCGCCUCUCUCAAAGCAGCCGUGGCAGAUUGACGUCGACCAGAUCCUGCCGGACGACGAACUUGAGUUGGCUCUGGACAUUGACGACUUCGAAGCAUUGUGCGACGGCCUGUUCAACACGCAGGCGGUGGAAUCCGAACCGCAACUCAACAUGCUCCAACGACGGGUCAGCGAAGAGAUUGCAGAUGAUGAUGAUGACGUCCUCGGCAAUCUAAAUAUAUUGAAGAUGCCACAAGCCUCGAUUGACCAAAUGGGACUUGGUGUGACUGGUCUCCCUCCAAUGAUUUGA